AUGGAUACCCCUCUCAAAGUAGCCAUCUUGAUUGUCUCGACAACAGCGUCCAAGGACCCUUCGACCGAUAAGUCCGAGCUUGUUCUGAAAGAUGUCAUCGAGCAGGAAGGUGGUGGAAAAUGGAUCGUAACCGAUAGCAAGAUCGUGCAAGACCAUGUUCCUCAGAUCCAGCGCCAGGUCAUGCUGUGGGCAGACGUUGGUCUUGAGGACGGAGUCAACUUGAUCCUCACCACGGGUGGCACCGGUUUCGCUGAAUCGGAUAGCACUCCUGAGGCAGUCAGUGCUCUCAUUCACAAACCUGCCCCGGGCCUAGUUCACGGAAUGCUCGCUGCCUCUCUCGCAGUCACUCCAUUUGCCAUGAUGUCGAGGCCGGUAGCAGGAGUUCGAAACAAGACCCUCAUCGUAACCCUCCCCGGAUCACCCAAGGGAGCCAAGGAGAACCUCCAAGCUAUCUUGAAGACGUUACCCCAUGCCUGCGUCCAGGCCGCUGGUGCGGAUUCAAGGCUCCUCCAUCAAGGCGGUGUUAAGAAACUUGAAUCCGAGGCUGGAAUCAGUUCACAAGGCGCACCGGCAGUAACGACCCAUAACCACGGCCACGGCCAUAGUCAUGAUCAUAAGCAUGGCCACGGCCACGGACACGGACACGGAAGCCUGGUCAGACACACCAAACCAGGCGAUAACCCCCUCUCCAACGACCCCAGCCUCGGCCCGUCCCGCAGGUAUAGAGAGUCGCCUUAUCCGAUGCUGGAAGUCGAUGACGCUCUCCGUCUCAUCAACGAUUUCACCCCUGACGCCGAGAUCGUCACCUCAGAUCUCGGCGUGAACAUGAUUAACUCGGUAUUGGCCGAGGACGUCACAGCCAGAGAAAGCGUACCCGCCUUCCGCGCAAGCAUAGUCGACGGCUAUGCCGUAGUCGUACCGAAGGACGGCAACAUGAAGGGCGUCUUCCCCGUAACCGCAGUAUCCCACGCCGCCCCCGGCGAAGCCAAGACGUUGAAGGAAGGAGAGAUCGCCAGAAUCACGACUGGAGCCCCGCUGCCUCCGGGAGCCACCUCGGUCAUCAUGGUUGAAGACACCAUCCUGAAGUCCAAGACGGACGACGACAAAGAGGAGAAGGAGGUCGAGAUCCUGGCCGACGGCGUCAAGCCCGGCGAGAACAUCAGGGAGGUCGGCAGCGAUAUCCAAGAGGGCGAGACCAUCCUCAAGAAAGGCGAGCAAAUAUCCGGCGUGGGCGGCGAAAUCGGCUUGCUGGCGGCCGUCGGUGUCGCCCAGGUGAAGACCUACAAGCGGCCCGUCAUCGGCGUCCUAUCCACAGGCGACGAGAUCAUCGAGCCGGACCGUCCGGGUGGCCUGCGACUGGGCGAAGUCCGCGACACCAACCGCAUCACGCUGAUGUCCGCCGCACGGCAAUGGGGUUUCGAGGUGGUUGACCUCGGCAUCGCGCGCGAUAAGCCCGGGUCUCUGGAGGAGAACUUGCGCGAGGGACUGCGCCGCUCCGACCUGCUCAUCACCACUGGUGGCGUCUCGAUGGGCGAGCUUGACCUGCUCAAGCCGACGAUCGAGCGCUCCCUCGGCGGAACGAUCCACUUCGGCCGUGUUGCCAUGAAGCCUGGCAAGCCGACGACUUUCGCGACGGUGCCGGUUAAGUCAAACCUCGGCGAGCGCGUCACCAAGACCAUCUUCUCGCUGCCUGGUAACCCGGCAUCCGCUCUUGUGACGUUCCACCUCUUCGUGCUUCCGGCGCUGCAUAAGCUUUCCGGAAUCGUGCCGGCAGGCCUCCCCAAGGUGCCAGUGACGCUUGCUCAUGACUUUACCUUGGACAAGGCGCGGCCGGAGUACCAUCGAGCGGUUGUGAUGGUUGGCAAGGAUGGUGUUCUCUCUGCAAGCAGCACGGGCGGCCAAAGGAGCUCGAAGGUAGGAAGUUUGCGGUCUGCCAAUGCGCUACUUGCUUUGCCAAAGGGCGCUGAGCCCUUGAAGAAGGGAUCGAAGGUGGAGGCACUGUUGAUGGGCGAUGUUCGGGUAGAGAUUUGA